AGAAGGGACGUUUUUCCGUCGCAGCAUCAGUCUCAUCCUGUCUCCUACAUCUAGCGUCAUGUGAAUGGGGUACGCAGUGUUUUUUUAAUCUCCCUCUCUCUCAUUCGCUCUACUAGAUUCAGACCCUCCUCCGCCUGGCCACCCAGACUCAUAGGCAGUGAGUGUAUGGGGAGGACGGCCGCUCCCUGCAGCGGCUCCAGCAGGAUAGUGUCGAUCCUGUUUACCCUGCAAACCCCAUUCUGAAGCGGAUCAAAGGAUGAGCGACCAGGGGAAGGGUUCGGGAUCCACCACUGCUGGAACACCAGCUCCGGGCUCGGACACUUAUAAAGGCUGGCUAUUUAAAUGGACUAACUAUCUUAAAGGGUAUCAACGCAGAUGGUUUGUCCUCAGCAAUGGUCUUCUGUCAUAUUACAGGACGCAGGCGGAGAUGGCGCACACGUGCCGCGGCACCAUCAACCUGGCCACGGCGCACAUCGACACGGAGGACGCCUGCAACAUCGUGCUGAGCAGCGGCGGGCGCACCUACCACCUGAAGGCCAGCACCGAGGUGGAGCGCCAGCGCUGGGUCACCGCCCUGGAGCUGGCCAAGGCCAAGGCCAUCCGCAUGAUGAACAACCAGUCCGAUGACUCGGGCGACGAGGAGCCGGCAUCGCAGUCGGACCGCAGCGAGAUCCAGGGCACCCUGAAGACGCUGGCCAACAAGCUGGAUGAUCUGAGCACGUGCAACGACCUGAUCGCCAAGCACGGCGCGGCACUGCAGCGCUCGCUGAGCGAGCUCGAGGCCCUGCGCGUGCCCGUGGAGGGCGGCGAGAAGAUCAAGGCCGUCAACGAGCGCGCCACCCUCUUCCGCAUCACCUCCAAUGCUAUGAUCAACGCGUGCCGAGACUUCCUGGACCUAGCGGAGACCCACAGCCGGCGAUGGCAGCGCGUGCUGCAGUAUGAGCGGGAGCAGCGCACCCACCUGGAGGAGACCAUCGAGCAGCUAGCCAAGCAGCACAACAGCCUGGAACGAGCCUGGAGAGAGGCCCCCGCACUCGCAACCAACACGCCCGUCAUCCCCGCCACUGAGCAGGGGAGUGAGAGGCCGCGGAAAGAGGAGGCCAGUGAUGAAGAUGAGGAUACGGAGUACUUCGACGCCAUGGAGGACUCCCCAGCCUUUAUCACAGUGACCGCCACCGACCACACGCAGCACAGACGCUCUCAGAGUAACCUAAGUGGAGCCAGUGGAGGACACCCCAACGAUUGGAACCAGGAAGACCAUAUGAUGUCUCCCAGUUGUAAUGAUUUGUCAGGGAAGGAGAUUAAGCCCCGCAAGCGGAGGCGGACUCACAUCGCAGACAAGCCCAACUACUCCCUCAACCUGUGGAGCAUCAUGAAGAACUGCAUCGGCAAAGAGCUCUCCAAAAUCCCCAUGCCUGUGAACUUUAACGAGCCGCUCUCAAUGCUGCAGCGUCUGUCGGAGGACCUGGAGUACCACGAUCUGCUGGACAAGGCGGCGCGCUGUGAGAGCUCGCUGGAGCAGCUGUGCCUGGUGGCGGCCUUCUCCGUCUCGUCCUACUCCACCACGGUGCACCGCACGGCCAAGCCCUUCAACCCGCUGCUGGGGGAGACCUACGAGCUGGACCGCCUGGAGGAGUAUGGCUACCGCUCGCUGUGUGAGCAGGUGAGCCACCACCCCCCGGCGGCCGCCCACCACGUCAUGUCACAGCGCGGCUGGACCCUGUGGCAGGAGAUCACCAUCGCCAGCAAGUUCCGUGGGAAAUACCUCUCCAUCAUGCCCCUGGGUGCCAUUCACCUGACCUUUGCGAGUGGGAACCACUACGUGUGGCGGAAAGGGACCUCAACGGUGCACAACAUCAUUGUGGGGAAGCUUUGGAUCGAUCAGUCCGGGGACAUUGAAAUAGUCAACCACAGAACCAAGGAGACGUGUCAGCUGAAGUUCUCCCCCUACAGCUACUUCUCCCGGGAAGUCCCCCGCAAAGUGACGGGGGUGGUGACAGACUGUGACGGGCAGGCGAACUACAUCCUGUCGGGGACGUGGGAUGACAAGAUCGAGAGUGCCAAGAUCGUCCACAGUAGCCGUGGGAGCAGCAGCUCCGAGGGCAAACAGAAGACCGUCUACCAGACGCUCGGCCCCAAACUGCUCUGGAAGAAGUACCCGCUACCGGACAACGCGGAGAACAUGUACUACUUCUCCACGCUGGCGCUGACUCUGAACGAGACGGAGGAGGGCGUGGGCCGGACGGACAGCCGGCUGCGGCCCGACCAGCGGCUCAUGGAGGCCGGCCGCUGGGACGAGGCCAACAUGGAGAAGCAGCGGCUGGAGGAGAAGCAGAGGGCCGUGCGGCGCAGGAGAGAGGCCGAGGCCACGGACGCUCUGGACGAUGGUCGCGAGUACGAGGGCUACCAGCCUCUGUGGUUCCACCAGCGGACUAACCCCAUCACCGGGGAGACCAACUUCGUGUACAAGGGGGGCUACUGGGAGGCCAAAGACAGGCGGGACUGGAGCAUGUGUCCGGACAUCUUCUGAGCCUCCAGCCAGCCUCGCUGCUGCCACUGGCAGACCUGCAGACAGCCCCUUCUCCCCCCAACAAGACAGACACACACACACUGGGUCCUGAGGCCUGUCCCCCAGGAGGAGCCCCCAGAGUAGAACAGUACCGAACAGAACCGACCCGAAUCGAACACAACAGAGUGGCCUGGCUUUAGGAGCUGCAGCUGUGUAGACAUUGCUGCUGCUGCUACUGCUGUGUGUGUGUGUGUGUGUGUGUGUGUGUGUGUGUGUGACAUAUCAGCGCCAUACCUUGUCCUCGUCUUCUCAAGAGGCAGUGUUGGUGCGUGCUUCUCUGUGAGGGUGGUCCAGAUCGCUGUGGCCCACCCCUGCUAUCCACACCCCAGCAUAUCUUCCUGUCCGAAAAAUCAGGUGCUCUGGUCACGUCCGGCGCUUCACCUCCCCACAAAUGCACUGUACUUCUGCGCACAAGGUCACGACCUCGUGUGGUCUGCACUGUCACAGUCACAACUGGUUUUUGCCCCCUCCCCCCAUUUAUAGAAGAACUGGUUUAGACUAUUUUCUCUCUAUCUCUCCUACUGGCCUGGUUGCCGGAUGAGUGAGAUGAACUCAAACGUCCUCUGGUAAGAGGAAGAACAACUUAAGGACCUGUAAACAAAGACAACAAAUCUUUGUAUCUUUUUUCUUUUUUUUUCUUUGACCUCAUUAUUUCUCAUCAUGUUGACACCAUUGAGAAUGUGCAAACCCCGCAUUAGCUGAAGAACCUGGAGGGGACGAAGUCACUGGUUUGUUGUUUGAAUGGCAAAGUUGGUAUAGCUGUGGUUGACCGUGGGAGGGGGGGGGGGAGGUAGUUUCUGACGCACCUCCUCCCUUUGCAGCCACCCACUGCACUGUUAUCAGCCAAUCCAGUGUGUCCCACCAGACAUAUAAGACGCACACCCACUCAACAACCCUCACUGAUGGAGACGAGAGUCAGAUCCACUCAAACUAACCCACCUCACCUCAGUCAGUCAAAACUAACACAGAGAGAUAUUACUGUCCUUGAUUGGACUAAAUCAUUAGAUCCCCCCCCCCCUCCCUCCCUGUAGGUUUGACUAUGUACUUCAGUAUUGUUGGAUGUUUGUCCCAUGAUGAAGGCCUCAGCCUGUGAACGAUCUACCCUGUGAGCACCAUGCGCUCUGAUGUUACCUGUCAGAGGGAGCACAGACACAUUAUUAUAAAUAAAUGUGAUAAUGAACUUUGUUAGCUCAAUCUCCGAAGGAACAGAUUUAAUUCGUUUCCGGGAAUUCACUUUGAGGUGUCGACAUUAAUCAGUAUCCAAAUCUGUCAUAAUUUCAGUUUCAAUGAUAUUUCUCCAGUAUUCACAUACUGAUGCAGUUAAAAACAGACUAGCCAGUCUGUGCUUUCAUUCUUCAUAGCUGUAAUUGUGUAAAGCUGUAAAAAUCUAAAUCACGGGACAAUAUUAUUCAUCUGGAGCUUGAUCUCCUGGCAUGAGAUUUGGAAUAAGGUAAGGAGCGGCACGCAGCUGAAUCUCCCAAGUGAAGUAAAGUUAGUUUACUUAGCCUAAGCGUGGGCUGUUCAAGCCGCGAUGCCAAGAGUCUGAGUUGGGAGAGGCCGUGUGACUCUGGCCACCUAGCAGGUAAAGCCGGCUUGCUUACUGUAGCCCUCCAGAAUGAACAACAAACCAAAUGAUCUGAAACUGUUCAAAACAGAUCUAGUCUUCAGUUUCUUAAAGCCCAAAACAAGGUCUAGAGUUGGCAUCAGCUGUGCACAUCAUUUAAGAAAGACAUUUGCCCAAAUCACAUGUGAUCAUGUUUUCUUAGUGAUGUUAAGAAUGUAGACAUUUUGGCCAGACGUACUAUACUCCCCGUCUGUUCCCGUGUGGGUGUUUUUGUGUUGACAUAAUUCAUAACAAAAUAAUCUGAAUAUUGAUGCUUUAAAAAGUAAUAGUGGUACUUGGUUAAAAAAAUAAUAAUAAAGAUAAGUUUGUUGGAUCAAA